AUGUUCCUGGAACUGCUGGUAAUUCGCCGAGCGAGGAGAAAUUUCGGGCCAUCUUCGGGUGGUGUGUCCAUUCGGAGAGGCGAGAGAUAUCCGUUCGGCGCAGCCCGCUACCCCAUGGGGAACCCGGUGGAUCUGCGUCCCGGCUUCUUCGGACGGUCGGGAUCCUACUGGAAAUUCUGA